AUGCAGCAGUUGAUCUUUGAACUGAGUGCUGCAGGUUCAGACUGGUUCAUUAAAGUGUUUGAGUGUGACAGCAGCCUUCAGACGCAGAGGACCGAUGAAGAAGCAGAGGAACAGAACAGAAAACUCUUCUUCUACACAGACCUGGUCCAGACAGCAGAGAGCUGCUGUGUUGAAGUUCAUGAGAAGAAACUGAGAUCCAUAAGGGACCAGACUCUCCUGGACCUGAACCUGAACCUGAACCUGAACCUGAACCUGAACCCAGCUGUGUGUCCCAUGAGACUGACCAGUCACAUGGACAUGGCAUCGAUUUUAAAGGACGAAAAAUCUCUGCUGCAAAGCCUCAGUUUCAAGCUGCUAGAGGAGAACAUCAUCACUUUUGUGAAGGACGAACUGAAGAAGAUCCAGAAGGUUCUCAGUUCAGAUUACCCAGAAUGCUUAGAGAGUCAGAAGGAGGAUGAGAAGGUGUUGGACGGUGAGCAUGAAGAGCAGAGGAGGAGCAGCAGAGAGGCUUUUCUGAAGAUCACACUGCACUUCCUGAGGAGAAUGAAGCAGGAGGAUCUGGCUGACUGUCUCCAGAGCAAACAUCUUACAGCAGUUUGUCAACGUGAACUCAAAUCUAACCUGAAGAAGAAGUUCCAGUGUGUAUUUGAGGGGAUCGCUAAAGCAGGAAACCCAACCCUUCUGAAUCAGAUCUACACAGAGCUCUACAUCACAAAGGGAGGGACUGCAGGGGUCAAUGAUGAACAUGAGGUCAGACAGAUUGAAACAGCAUCCAGGAAACCACACAGACAAGAAACAACAAUCAGACAAGAAGACAUCUUUAAAGCCUCACCUGGAAGAGAUGAACCAAUCAGAACAGUGAUGACAAAGGGAGUGUCUGGCAUCGGGAAAACAGUUUUAACACAGAAGUUCACUCUGGACUGGGCUGAAGACAAAGCCAACCAGGAUGUACAGUUCAUAUUUCCAUUCACUUUCAGAGAGCUGAAUGUGUUGAAGAAGAAAAAGUACAGCUUGGUGGAACUUGUUCAUCACUUCUUUUUUGAAACCAAAGAAGCAGGAAUCUGCAGGUUUGAAGAGUUCCAGGUUUUGUUCAUCUUUGACGGUCUGGAUGAGUGUCGACUUCCUCUGGACUUCCUCAACAAUGAGAUCCUGACUGAUGUUACAGAGUCCACCUCAGUGGAUGUGCUGCUGACAAACCUCAUCAGGGGGAACCUGCUUCCCUCUGCUCGCCUCUGGAUAACCACAAGACCUGCAGCAGCCAAUCAGAUCCCUCCUGAGUUUGUUUGCAUGGUGACAGAGGUCAGAGGGUUCGCCGACCCACAGAAGGAGGAGUACUUCAGGAAGAGAUCCAGAGAUGAGGAGCAGGCCGGCACAAUCAUCUCCCACAUCAAGACAUCACGAAGCCUCCACAUCAUGUGCCACAUCCCGGUCUUCUGCUGGAUCACUGCUACAGUUCUGGAGGAGGUGUUGAAGACCAGAGAGGGAGGAGAGCUGCCCAAGACACUGACUGAGAUGUACAUCCACUUCCUGGUGGUUCAGUCCAAAGUGAAGAACAUCAAGUAUGAUGGAGGAGCUGAGACAGAUCCACAUUGGAGUCCAGAGAGCAGGAAGAUGAUUGAGUCUCUGGGAAAACUGGCUUUUGAUCAGCUGCAGAAAGGCAACCUGAUCUUCUAUGAAUCUGACCUGACAGAGUGUGGCAUCGAUAUCAGAGCAGCCUCAGUGUACUCAGGAGUGUUCACACAGAUCUUUAAAGAGGAGAGAGGACUGUACCAGGAUAAGGUGUUCUGCUUCGUCCAUCUGAGUGUUCAGGAGUUUCUGGCUGCUCUUCAUGUCCAUCUGACAUUCAUCAAUUCUGGUGUCGAUCUGAUGGCAGAAGAACAAACAUCCCAGAAGUCUAACACAAGAAAAGAUGAACCUGCAGAGACACACCUCUACCAGAGUGCUGUGGAAAAGGCCUUACAGAGUCCAAAUGGACACCUGGACUUGUUCCUCCGCUUUCUCAUGGGUCUUUCAUUAGAGAACAAUCAGACGCUCCUACGAGGCCUGCUGACACAGACAGGAAGUAGCUCACAGACCAAUCAGAAAACAGUCCAGUACAUCAAGAAGAAGAUUAACGAGGAUCUCUCUCCAGAGAAAAGCAUCAAUCUGUUCCAUUGUCUGAAUGAACUGAAUGAGUUCUCUAGUUCUCUAGUGGAGAAGAUCCAACUGUACCUGAGUUCAGGAAGUCUCUCCACAGAUAAACUCUCUCCUGCUCAGUGGUCAGCUCUGGUCUUCAUCUUUAUGUCAUCAGAAAAAGAUCUUAACGUGUUUGACCUGAAGAAAUACUCAGCUUCAGAGGAGGCUCUUCUGAGGCUGCUGCCAGUGGUCAAAGCCUCCAACAAAGCUCUGCUGAAUGGCUGUAACCUCUCAGAGAGAAGCUGUGAAGCUCUGUCCUCAGUUCUCAGCUCCCAGUCCUCUAGUCUGAGAGAGCUGGACCUGAGUAACAACGACCUGCAGGAUUCAGGAAUGAAGCUGCUGUCUGCUGGACUGGAGAGUCCACACUGUACUCUGGAAUCUCUCAGGUCAGAUCAGAGUUAUUGUUUGUCUUAA